AUGGAGGUUUUUGAGCAAGGACUUUAUCUUUACUUCCGCAGGUAUCAGCCUUCAUACCCGAUCCUUCACUCUGCCACUUUCAACCCCGAAAAAGUCUCCGAAUUAUUGCUAUUCGUCAUGUGCAUGAUUGGUCUUUCCUUCUUUAAGACAGAAGAUGCCGUGGACUUCAUUCGCAAAAUGUACCCGGGAAUCUUGAACGAGGUUUACGCUCAACUCAUUUUCGCAGCCGCGGACAGUCAGACCCCCGCCGAUCUUCUGAACUAUUUUGUGCUGGCACAUCAUACGCUUUUUCUUUUCAUUUCUACCGGGGUUAUCAGGGGAAACUUUGCCCAGAAAAGUCUCGAUCCCUUUAUCUACAUACCACAGCAACGGCAAGGCAAUAUGGCUUCUUCUGCUCCAGAUUUGAUCAAAUUUAUGAUAUGUUAUUCUCACCACACAUUGAAGAACGUGCCCGAUGGAUUGCUUGGACUCGAGCUGAAUCAACAAAAAAUUCUGCAUGACUCUUGGUUGUCAGAGCUCUUCUCUAUGAAUCCUAUCAUUCGAACCGACAUACUUAUCCUUCCACUGCCUCUGGAAACCAUUCUGUAUCAAGCUCCGACGUGCCAGAAAUGGUCUCAGCUGCUCACAGAGAUUCCCCACGCCAAUCAAAGGCUUGAAUUAUCAUCUCAUCACUUCCAUCUACCCGACCUACAAGGGCCAAUACAUGUAUUCUCCAUGUACGGACUAUUAUGCUCUGUCCUUCUUCGCGUCUCCACAGAUACCCGCCGAUUAAUCCUUAGCUCGGACUUGGUUCCGGCCGAGCAACACCACUACGUCCCAUGGAACAUUUGUCGCCUCGAUAAACGGGCUAGUAUUGUCUCCCCCCUCCUAGUCAGCUUGGUUCAGUUGUACGAUACGACCUUGCGCGAAUCGAAUCCCAACUGCAUUGUGAUAUGGCAUAGCGUCUGUAUGCUGCUCACAGCUGAUCUCAACCUUCUUUCCCGUGCUGCUGGUCGGGAUGGCCCCAAAUCCAUGUCUGAUGCUCGUCGAGACCUUACGUUCUGGGCUUACACUCCUGCUGCACGGAGAGCAUGUGUCCAUGCCGCUCAGACAUUCCGCACCUUGUCCCACCGAAAACCUGCAGAUGGUACCGCAUUCCAGUCUGUUCGAACCUUGUUUAUGUCUGCUCUGAUCCUCGGAUUUUAUCUCCUCGGUAGCCCAGCAAAUGCCUAUAUGGAGGGCCCGACUAAAUGGGAUCAGUUUGAUCUCGCAAAUUCGGUUGUUGACUGGAAGAUUAUCGGUGAUGAAGGGAUCUCCAAUGAUGGAACUCCAAGUAUGGCACCACAUGAUCCAGCGAGAUUGGAAGAUGCCGCCGUACGGUUUAUCCGCUUUGGUGGACCAAUUUUAAUUGACGGAAAGAAAUAUGAACCUGGACCCCGUCAUGCCCAGCGAAUCUUAUUGGAGUUUGCUGGUUUGCUGGACGAAGUGGGGACCCACUGGAUGGCGAACUACGCUCGGCUUCUAUACAUGGUCCAUGACACAUUGGUAGCACCAUACACUAGAUCUUAG